GAGGUGCUUUCAUGCUUGCACACACCAAUGAGCCAUUUGCCACCUGGUGUUGUCCCCGAACUUUGAAUGCUGUCAUCACGAGCCUGCUGGGUGGAGCUGGCCACGCAGGGUGGUGCCACAGAUGGUGAAAGGUAUAAGGUCCAAACACAGACUGCCAGAAGUGGGUUCUCUGAAAGCCUGAAAAGUGCUCCUUUUCUCCUUUGCUGUCCACUGCAAAGCAUCGCUUUGACCAUGAAGGCAGCUGGUGUUUUCCUGCUCCUCUCCCUGGCACUCUGCUGCUACCAAGCAAACGCUGAGCCGGAUGGAGCUGCUGGCAAAGGAACAGAGGCAGCUUGUAGCAAUUAUGACCUAAGAAAAGGUUGUACAAAGAUCUUUGACCCCAUCUGUGGCACGGACGACCUCCUGUAUAGCAAUGAGUGCCUGCUGUGCUUUCAGAACCUGCAAAGAAGCACUAACGUGCGCAUAAAGAACAGGGGAAUGUGCCAAAAGCCCUCUCCGCGCUCCGACUCCACGCAGAACUAGAAGGUGCAGCAGUUUCAGAGAUGAGAGCAUGAA